CGGCCGCGAUGGAGGUGAGCGUCCUGGCGCUGCGGGAUCUGGCGAGCGCCCGGCCGGGGCGGCGGGGCCGCGCCGAAGCGGCCCAGAAGGAAAACAUAUUUGAUCGAUCCAGGAUGGCCCCAAAGACUCCAAUUAAGAAUGAACCAAUUGAUCUAUCGAAGCAAAAAGGCUGCACGCCGGAAAGAAAUCCAAUUACACCUGUUAAGAUCAUUGACAGACCUCAGCCUGAUCCCUGGACCCCUACUGCUAACCUGAAGAUGCUCGUUAGUGCUGCUAGCCCUGACAUGAGGGACAGAGAGAAGAAAAAAGAGCUCUUCAGACCCAUAGAAAACAGUGAGCAGAGUGACACGCCGGAUUCAUUACAGUAUGAUAUAGUAGACGACACCACGGUCGAUGAAUUUGAAAAGCAGAGGCCCAGCAGAAAACAGAAAAGCUUAGGACUUUUGUGCCAAAAGUUUCUAGCUCGCUAUCCAAAUUAUCCACUGUCAACAGAGAAAACUACCAUUUCUUUGGAUGAAGUGGCUUCAGUUCUUGGAGUUGAACGGAGACGAAUUUAUGAUAUAGUGAAUGUCCUGGAGUCAUUGCACUUGGUUAGCCGUGUGGCCAAGAACCAGUACUGUUGGCAUGGCCGGCACAACCUCAGCCAAACUCUGAAAAUGCUUCAGGAAGCAGGAGAGCUGCAGUAUGGAGAGGUAAUGACCUUCCAGCACAAGGAGCAGGACUUAGAGUACAAAUUUGGAGAACGGAAAAAGGAAACUAUUCCUCAUUCCCAAGACAGACCAUUACUGGACUUUUCAGAACCAGAUUGCAGCUCUGCAUCUGCAAACAGCAGAAAGGACAAGUCAUUGCGGAUUAUGAGCCAAAAGUUUGUCAUGCUGUUCCUUGUCUCCAAGACCAAGAUAGUCACUCUGGACAUCGCAGCAAAGAUACUGAUAGAAGAAACCCAGGAUACAGUGGACCACAGCAAAUUUAAAACAAAGGUACGAAGACUGUAUGAUAUUGCCAACGUUCUCACCAGCCUAGGCUUGAUCAAGAAAGUUCACGUCACUGAGGAACGAGGACGCAAACCAGCCUUCAAGUGGAUUGGGCCUGUGGAAUUCUCUGGAAAGACUGAUGAGCUGAGAGGGCAUAGCCCAACAUCUGAUUCUCUGCCAGGGACAGAGAGAGGAGCCUGUGCCCAGUAUCAGAUCUGUGCUACUGGAAAGCAAAGGUUUACGCGUCACGCUUCAUUUAAUGGUGCACAACCUUUUGAAGGGACCAGAAGGAAGGUCAGCUCUGAGCCCAACAGCCCACAUCAAGAGAGGCAAGACGGUAUCGUGAAUUCAGAUGAAUAUUGUUCCAAAAUGAUAAAUCUAGCAGCUGUCUGCAGGCAGAAAAUAGAGGAAGAUACUAGGAAUAAAGCUUGUGGCACAGAAACUAUACUAAAUUCAGCAAGGAACUCAAGCAUAACCUCACCUUUCUCCCUUAUUCCGGUUCCUGGGGACGCUGAUUUUUGUGUUAACCCUUUGCCUCAGGCUGUUUUCCCCGUGGUUCAGACAGAGGUGCCAAGCCUCUCUCUACCAGUUGGCAUCAGCAGCCAAGCUCCACAUCCUUCCAUGCCUGCAGCUUCCAAAACAGAAAAUGGAAAAGCUACUCUGGUUCCCAACCAACCCUUCUUGUGCUUCCCAUCUUCAUCCCUUUUUAUGUUAUGUGGUGGUCUUCUGGAAAAUAACUUGAGCGAGACCCUGCCCGCUGCAGGAGACAAGGGAGACAGGAGUGCUGAAGCUCAGGCUGCUGUACCUCCAGCUGUCUGCCAAAAACGCAGCUCCCACAAGUGCACAUCACCCUCAUCGCCUGCAGAUGAUGAAGAGCCAGCUGCUAAAAAGCAGACUGUGGAGCAGAGUGAUCUGCCCCUCUCACUUGUAUUACCCAAGGAGCCUUUCGAGUCAUCCAAAGCUGAAUCUACCCCAGGAAAUGGCUGUCCCUCUGCUGUACAUCUAAAAACUUAUCAUCUUGACCUCGCAAGUCCUGCUGCUCCAGAGGUUGCAAGCAAGGAGUCUUUAGAUUGUCAGGAGCAACAAAAACAAUCUCAGAACACAGACCCUGAUGAACGCCCUCCAGGAAAUGAGCAUAUCUCUAAAGAAAAUGCCAAUCAACCUUUCCAACCACAAUAUCUUUAUUUUCAGCCUACCACUGGAUUAAGCAGUUUUAAUUUCCUGUUCUCUGCAAACCAAGCCCCUGGUGCUGUAAGCCUGGCUUCGAACCAGUUACCUUCUCUAAGUGUACCCUGUGUCAUGGUGCCAUCGGCAGCCUUGGCUUCCUUCCCUCUCGUCUGUUCUCCCUCAUUCACCAGUCCUCUUUCCCCAGUUCCUGAUGGUUCAUUCUCAGCUGGUGCCUCCAUGAAUUGCAGUAUGUCCAGCCUGGCAUCAACAACCCCUGUUUUCAUAAGCACCACAGCAGUGGUCACCCCCAAGGUCUCACCUGCCCCUUCUGUGGAUCUACAGCAACCAGCUCACCCUGCUCUGCACCUGAGUCCUGUGCUUACAAGAUCUUGCAGUGCUGUUAAACUGGACUCCCCCAUGUGUGUGGGGCACCCAGUGACCCUUCUGAAGCUGCAGCAGCCUUCAUCAACUCCCCUCACUCCCAAGAGCAUUCGUCCUGCACAUCAUGAGACAUUUUUCAAAACUCCUGGAAGCCUUGGAGACCCUGUGGCAUGGAAGAAAAAUGAAGGCAACCAGAUCAGAAGUGCCAGCUCUGUGCAGAGGAGACUGGAAAUCUCUGGUACCAGCCCUGACUAAUGCCACUCUUUGUGAAGAGUGGACAGAUUGUCUUAGGACCCUGUAUUGAUUAUAAGAGAACAAGCUCUUACCUGGCAAGAGGAGCACGUUAAAAUGUCACCCCUUUCAGCAUGCUUCCCCAUGUACCCACUGGUUCUGUUAACCAUCUUCUUCACAAAUCAUCCUUGGUACUGAAAUCCUUUUACUGAAUUGUUCCUUCAGUACUGAUUUGAAUUCAGAUUCUAUGCUUCACACAGCCUUGUGGGCAUCAAAUUUUAUUAGGGAUUUUAAUUCUAUUGCUGUGAGGAGAUGCAAAGAGAUGUUGGGGUCCCCAGGGGUUCUUUAUUUGUGGUUUUAAGUGAGAUGUCUAGCACUUAUCUGGGGUAAGCGUUUUAUUUGCAUGUACUCUACUUACCCUGAGUAAAUCUGUGGUGAAAAUGAUAAACUUCUGCAGUUGUGAGAGCAACUGCUUCCUUGGUUCCAAUCUGUCAAAUCCUGCCUCCGCAGUGCAGCCUCUUGCUAUUUAUUUUGUAUGUUGGAGUGGGAUUAGUACAAAAAAGGAUUUUUGCAGCUUCAGAAUAACAGAUUUUCUCAGGGUAGGAUUACUUGAAUGUCAGUUGGUUGUUGUACAAUUUGCCCAGCACUUGUGGUUAGAAAAACCUAAUAAUAACACAGUAUGAUUGAAUGUAUGCAUAUGAAAAAUAUUAAGACCAAAAUAACUGUGAAUGUUAACAUUUUUAUAGUUGUGUUAAUGAACUGUUAUUAGUCCU